CGGAAGUGAAGCGGCUAUGCGACUCAUUGAUGUUGACACUAUCGAGCUCAAGAGCUUUUCAGAGCAAACUGUUCCCAGAUAUGCCAUCCUCUCCCAUACCUGGGGACCCGAUGAGGUCUCCUACCAGGAGCUCUCAUUGAUCACACGCAUGAGAUCUUUACUGGACACUUACAGCAAUCAGAGAGCCUCUCGGAGCCAACAGGCAGUUGCUAGUGGGAAUACAGCUUUGAUGCUGGCUGCUAUGGAGAUGCUGUUGCAUGGUGACAGGGACAUUGGAACAUUGAUGACAGAUCUCUCAGAAGGGGGUCUUAUGAAAAGAGAAGGAUACUCAAAGAUAGUCAAGUCUGCGGCAGAGGCUAAGAGACUUGGCUAUCAGUACAUAUGGUGUGACACCUGCUGUAUCGACAAGACGUCAAGUACAGAGCUUCAGGAAGCUAUCAAUUCAAUGUAUCAUUGGUACAAAAAAUCAGAUGUUUGUUUGGUUUACUUGAACGAUGUAGAACCCGUGGGGUUUGCUGCUCCAUCAAGCGCCAAAGAUGUGUUCCAUGAUUGUCGCUGGAGAGGCUGGACACUCCAAGAGUUGAUCGCGCCUCGUCACGUAAGAUUCUAUUUCCAGGACUGGUCGUUGAUGGGCGACAAAAACCAAUUUGCAGAGGCUCUCUGCGAAGUAACGGGCAUUCCAACGUUCAUCCUAGAGAACGGAGAUCUGAGCGAGGUGUCUAUAGCCAAUCGCAUGUCCUGGUGUGCCACUAGAGAAACAACACGUAUUGAGGAUAUUGCUUACUGCUUACUCGGAAUAUUCGAUAUUCAGAUGCCUUUAUUAUAUGGGGAGGGCGAUAAGGCUUUUCUUCGACUCCAAGAAGAGAUACUCAAGACUAUGGAUGAUUACUCAAUCUUUGCGUGGCUUGGAUGCAGCCAAGAAAUACCUUCAGGCAGAGCCUGCCUCAGAGGCCUUCUGGCACGAUCCCCUAAAGAAUUCUUUCUUUACAGCGAGAAAACUGUGGAGCCCGAGGACGAUGCUUCAGCUUUUCCCAUCAUCGCGACGCCAAUAGGCAUUCGACUACAACUGGAACUGGAACUUGCGCCUGUGUCUAGACACGAUACGAGUCAUUUCACAGCCUUCAUACGAUGCACCGAUAAUGAGAAUUCACGACUUGCAAUUACCCUGAGACGCCUAGACGACGGGAAUCAGUAUGCCCGUGUCCACUCGAGCGGCAUAUCUCAUAGAGAUGACUGGCCUACAGGAAAGCUCACCACCAUCUAUGUUCGCCAGAAGGUAUCUAUACCUUAUAAUUUCUAUACUCCCGAUUUCCCUGCCUUUUGCAUACAGCGGCAAAGAACAGUGGCAGCAGCCCCCAUAGUAUGCAUAUCAAAAGUAUACCCGCCUGAACAUUGGAAUGCAGACAACAAGCAACUCGUUAUUCCGCGGCACUUCAACAAGAAUAUUGGGUUUCUGGGCGUCCUGUUUCUACAGGGGCAAAUAUCAGAGAAGGAACCACCAAUCGAUUUUCAGGUUGUGCUAGGCUUUGAUACAAAAGCCGAGACCUAUUGGUGUAAAAGUGUGGUGCACCCGUGGCCCAAGUUCGCCAAUAUCAGCCCUGAACGAUUUCGAGCAGUGAUCAAACGGGUGCUGCCUCAAGAUUUUCCGUCUCCGCUGUUGACGCAGGAUGAUACAAGACACGAUAUUUUCAUUGGAGGAGACAACGAUGACAUGUGUGUGAACAUCAACCUACGUGCUGGCAUGCAUGGGGACUCCGCUGUGCUGAAAGUGUUGAUCGACGGUUUGGUCAACGGAAGGUGA